GGGCCAGCUGCUGCUUAUACUUGCUUCUGACACACUUGUGUUUGCUAGCAACCCUCCAAAAAGACACAAUGGUGCAUCUGAGUGAUGGGGAGAAGAAUGCCAUUAGCACUGCCUGGGGCAAGGUGAAUGCAGCAGAAGUUGGUGCUGAGUCUCUGGGCAGGCUGCUGGUUGUCUACCCAUGGACCCAGAGGUUCUUUGAUGCCUUUGGGGACCUGUCCUCUGCAUCUGCUGUUAUGGGCAAUGCUAAAGUGAAGCUCCUGGGCAAUAUGAUUGUGAUUGUGAUGGCCCAUCACCUGGGCAAGGAUUUCACUCCAGAGGCACAGGCUGCUUUUCAGAAGGUGGUGGCUGGUGUGGCCAAUGCCCUGUCUCACAAAUACCACUAAGCUACCUUUCCUGCUACCUAUCUCAUACAAAAGGCCUUUUUCCCCAGAGAACAACUACUAAAUAUUGGGGAACUUAUGAAAGCCUUUGAACAUCUGGUUUCUGCCUAAUAAAAUCAUUUUUCAUUGCAA